UGGGUUGCGGGGUGUCGAGACACGGGGGCGGCGCAGUAUCGAGGUGGGGAGCCCGCAGGUCCGUGCGGAGAUGCUGAACAUGUGGAAAGUCAGGGAGCUGGUGGACAAAGCCACUAAUGUGGUGAUGAACUACUCAGAGAUAGAGUCUAAGGUUAGAGAAGCUACCAACGAUGACCCCUGGGGGCCCUCUGGACAGCUAAUGGGAGAGAUAGCCAAAGCUACGUUUAUGUAUGAGCAGUUCCCAGAGGUGAUGAACAUGCUGUGGACCAGGAUGCUGAAGGAUAAUAAGAAGAACUGGAGAAGAGUGUACAAGGCCUUACUCUUGCUUGCCUACCUGAUCAGGAACGGCUCUGAGAGAGUCGUCACCAGCGCCAGAGAACACAUCUAUGACCUGCGAUCUCUAGAAAACUAUCAUUUUAUCGAUGAGAAUGGGAAGGAUCAAGGAAUAAACGUGCGUCAGAAGGUGAAGGAGAUGGUGGAGUUCAUCCAGGAUGAUGACAGACUCAGAGAGGAGAGAAAGAAAGCAAAGAAGAACAAGGAUAAAUAUAUUGGAGUCUCCUCUGACAGUAUGGGCGGUGGAGGUGGCAGCUUUAAGAACUCGAACGAAUUGGAUCGUAAUAAGUGGGAUGAGGACUGGGACAAGAGCAGAGGAGCUUUCCCUUUCAGCGAGAAGCUCGGAGAGAUCAGUGACAAGAUAGGCAGCACCAUCGACGACACACUGAACAAGUUCAGAAAGAAGGAGCGAGACGACUCGCCUGACCGGAUCAGUGACAACGAGGAGGAGAGAGGAUCAAGAAACGGGAGGCAGGAGACGAUCGAAUUUAAAGACGAGGAGGAAACGGUCACGACGAAGAGCAUCCAGAUCACACAAGCGACAGAAACCACGACCACCACCACCACGAGGAAACGCAGCGGGGCGGCGAGCAGCAAGACGCUGGACCUGGGGGCUGCGGCGCACUACACCGGAGACAAGAGCCCAGAGGAAAAGUCGUCGGCGAAGCAGACUUCCAGCAGUGGACUGGCUGACCUGCUGGUGAUUGACCCUUCAAACAACGAGAGCACAGCGGCAGCAGGGACUUCAGACCUCAUAGGGGGCUUUGCUGACUUCUCCUCACCUGCAGCCUCUGCCAGCCUCCCCACCUCCACUGCUGCUGCCUCUUCCAAUGGAAACGGGGACUUUGGGGACUGGAGCUCCUUUUCAGGAAAUCCUCCCGCUCCAUCUAGCUCCAGUCCUUCGCAGCCGGUUACCGACCCGUUUGGCAGCGGACCGUCACCGGCGCCGGCUUCAAACCCGUCCUCUGCCCCCCCAUCUGCUGAGCUGUUAGACCUGAUGAGCGGAGUCAGCCAUCAGCCAACCAAUCCACACACGACGCUCAGCGCUUCCCAGAGCAUGACCUUCUCUCUUGGCGGGGUGACGCCGGGAGGAUCCGUUGCCAUGCCUACGAUGCCACACUCCCGCUCUCAACAGAAUUUGGUGGGCAUGGUGUCCCAGCAGCCAAUGGGAUCGCAGCAAAAGGCUGGAAUUGGAAGUCAGGGGUCGUUAGGGUCAACUUGGUCCGACCCGUCCGUCAAUAUCAGCCUGGACUUCCUGUCAGCCGGACUCAACCACACAAAGACACCACCAACUCUGAACAAUAUAAUACAGCAACAAGGAGUGCCUCCGGUCAGCCUGUUGGCUCAGAGUUUUGGAGGACUAACCCUCAGCUCACCACCUCAUGUGGCUCCCGUCAGGCCGCCAGCCAACCCCAUCAUAGCCGGCGGCGCCAUGGCGAUGGGCAUGCCUGCUCCCCUGGGCAUGGGCAUGCCACCUUUGAUGGCCACCGGCCUGCAGAGUGGAAUUCCUGUGAACCCAGGGAUGAUGGGAAUGAACAUGAGCAUGAAUAUGGGCAUGGCCGCCCCGGUGAUGAUGGGUGGCAUGGCAGGUAUGGGGGUGCCAGGAGUGGGAAUGGGCCUGAGCCACUCCAUCAGCCCCGCCGUGGUCCCACCCAAACAAGAUGCCUUCGCUAACUUUGGCAGCUUUGGGAAAUGAAGGUUUGCAGUCAAGUGUGUGUGUUUGUUUGUGAAUGAGUGAGUGAGCAUGAAUGUGUGAAACUGCGAGUAAGCGAACUGCAGAAGGACUUUGCUGUACUUGAAGACAAACCUUGCAUGUUUCACUGUCUGCCUCUGGGCUUUGGUGAGCUGGCGCCGGUGACUCUUUGCCAUCGGUUCCCACCGAUUCGCCGCAGAAGGAAGCAGAGGUGGAGCGAACGUGUCGGUACAUAACCAUCAUUACUUCCCUUUACUGGAAAAAUCAUUGUCUUCACGAGUUUUUAUAAAACCAUAUGUUAUCCUCCAUCGUUUAGUUUUUUCUGCACAAAAAAAUUCAGUUUAGCUAAAAUGGCACUGAGGCCUUAAUUUUGCAUUGUACAUGAGAAGGUAAUUUUUUUUAAAUCCAAAUUUAAUUAUAAAAUUUAAGCCAUUCCAUUUAUAUUCCGACUUUGCAAAGCCCUUUUCAGACAUGAAUCAUUUGCUGUUAUGUUUCACAACAAACAGCUUCAUUCAUACUGAUGUGUUAAUAUGAGCUAGUCAUGUAAGAUUGGCCAUCGGUGUUUGCAGGUCAAAAAGUAACAAGUCGUUUGGUGCCUACAUCCAUUUGUACCUGUAAACAAACCAUUGUUUACCUGAGUACUCCACUUAGCUUUCACUGUAGUAAAGACAUAAGUCAUUAAAAUCCUCGAUUAUUAGAAAUAAUUUAGUUAAUUUGGAUAUUAUCUGAAAACUUGGUGUCAAACUAUAUUUGGAUUUAUUUUUUUGCUACAUUAAGACAAAUUAUGACCUCUGGUUUAACCAAAUUAACUAAUUUGGGUCAUAAUCGAUCUCCUGUUGGUACGUAUUGCUUCAUUAGAGUUAUGUGAACAGAUUUCUUCACUGCAGGCCAUGAAAAUUACAUAUAAUUGGCAGCUUUCAAAGUGGAUAUUUUGUACCUGGAAGGUGGAUGACUCAACAACUACAAAGGUCAGAAAUGGUGAAGGGCUGAAAUUAUCAGCACCUAUAAUUACUACAUUCACUCCUUCACCAAGCUGAACCUGAAAAACCAUUUGACUUUCUAUCUUCUACAUACCACUACAAAGUAUUUUGGUCUAAACUACAAAAGGUAUGAAUUAGUGAAUUAUAAAGUUAAUUUACAGUUUGCUCUUAACUCAGCCAUAAACUAGAUCAAGAAAUAGUCUGAAAGCAGAAACUUUAGCAGCAGUCCCUAAGCUGUUUUAAAACCUGUGUGCUGAAGAGAAAAUUAUUUAGAUCCUGCAUCUUAUUGUUGUAAAGAAAACCGCUAAUUAAAAUUUUAGCGAUGCUUUCGAUUAUUAAAAUGAUGAUGGAAUCUAAAACCAGCAGGAGGAUUUUUCCUGCUUGAGUUUUGCCAGAUUAAAGUAAAUUUCUACUGUUCCUGUCUGAAAGGGGCUUUUGAACACCCUGGACCGCCAGCAGGGGGCAGAAUGAGUCUCCUUAAAAACUAGUAACCUGCAUUGUGCUUGAUGGAUGAUGGAUGGGGAAAUGCAAAUUAACAUCUGAACUCAGAGAAGCCCGUUUCCUUUUUCUCUUUUGGUUUAGUCUAACAUUUUAUUUUUAAUCGGCUUGUUGCAUUAUAAUAUUUGGAGAAGUAGUACUGAAUGAUUCUUCCGUUUGACUUUCUGAAUGCAUUUACCACAUAAAGGGCCAGUCAGUAUUUUAUUCAGAGUACUACUGAUUAUUUCUUAUUUAUGCAACUUGUCCACGUGACUUCACAGAUCUCAGUAAACUAUUCAGUGUUGCUUUCUGACUCACCUACAUUCAUAGCGUCUCUAACUUUUUUGCAUACAAACCGUUUUUAUGCAUUGAGGUACAGAAGUAUUUUCCUACCAACUUUGGUGGAAAUAAUUACUCAAAAAAA